GAACAAAGCUUGGGUGUGGAUGUACUGCGCAUGUGCAUGAGAGAGCUUCUUGUCGGAAGCCAAGUCGGGUUAAACCAAAGGCUUGACAUCAAAAACCGAACAUUAAAAGAAUCAUGUCAGGAUUUCUGGACGGAAUCCGUUGCGGAGACUGUGAGUGCAAUGUGGACUGGGGGGAGAGAAGAAAUACCAUCGCAUCCAUAGCUGCUGGAGUUCUGUUUUUCACAGGAUGGUGGAUCAUCAUUGAUGCUGCUGUGAAAUAUCCCACCGAGGGAGAAUUUCAUCAUGCCUAUCAUACGUGUGGAGUCAUAGCCACAGUGGCCUUUCUCAUGAUAAAUGCUGUUUCUAACGGCCAAGUGAGGGGGGACAGCUACAGCGAGGGUUGCCUUGGACAGACAGGUGCUCGAGUUUGGCUCUUCAUUGGCUUCAUGCUGGCUUUCGGCUCCCUCAUUGCCUCCAUGUGGAUUCUCUUCGGAGGAUUCGUAGUGCCUCAGAAGCCUGCUGUGUAUCCUGGUAUUGCCAUUUUUUUCCAAAAUGCAUUCAUUUUCUUCGGAGGUUUGGUCUUCAAGUUUGGGCGCACAGAGGAUCUCUGGCAGUAAAACACUGACUGUCCAUGGUUAAACACUCUUUCUAUAUUGUACGAGACAAUAUUCUUUAGCCGUCAUUCAUUUAAAUAUAAACCUUUUUCAGCUUUUACAUUAAACUGUGUAAUUUGUGUUCUUUGCUGAAUUGUAGCUAAAUCAUAACUAAGCACAAAUUGUCAUAGAUUUCUGUGAAGUUUAAGGACUUUCAAAGGUGGCACAUCUUUAAAUGUGUGUUUGCACUCAGACUGUAUCCAUGUUUUUAUUAUGGUUUACAAGUUGUGUAUACCAAAAUGUACAUAGCAGAGCUUUACUGCAACAUUCCCUUGGGUCGGCUCACUUCUUUAACACAUCAUCCUUUUAAUUUGAACUGUUUGUGUGGAAAUUUGAAAUGGGUGCAAUUUGCAGGUAACAUUUUAGAAUGAUUUGAAUUUUUACUGAAUGUAUCCAUAUGGGGUUUGAAAAAUGUUUUCAGCUUUAAUGGGUUAUCUGCUCUAUAUUAAGUUAUAUUAAAUGUUGAAUUUUACUAUUUCACAAUAGAGGGUUUCAGAACUGUAUGGUGGUGUUGCUUUAACAGAGGUCUGGGUUUCAGUUUUGUUUUUCCUGUAAAUCAUUGAGUCAGUUUCCAAUAACAGCAUCAUUAAACACACUGGGCUGUAAAUGA